UGGUCUUCGGAGCGAGCACGCGCACUGUGCGGGAUCCCGGAAGUGGGGCCAUGGCGUCUCUCCGCGAAGCCACCCAGCGGAAACUGCGGCUGUUUUCGGAGAUGAGAGGCAAACCAGUGGCAGCUGGAAAAUUCUGGGAUGUAGUUGCACUAACAGCAGCUGAUGAAAAGCAGGAACUUGCCUACAAACAACAGCUAUCAGAGAAGCUGAAGAGAAAGGAAUUGCCCCUUGGAGUUCAGUACCAUGUUUUCACUGAUCCUGCAGGAACCAAAAUUGGAAAUGGAGGAUCAACAUUCUGUGCUCUUCAGUGUCUGCAAAGCCUCUAUGGAGAUAAGUGGAAGUCUUUCACAGUCCUCCUGGUUCACUCUGGUGGUUACAGUCAGCGUCUUCCCAAUGCAAGUGCUUUAGGAAAAAUCUUCACAGCUUUGCCACUUGGUGAGCCUGUUUAUCAGAUGUUAGAGCUGAAACUAGCCAUGUACGUGGAUUUCCCCGCACACAUGAAGCCUGGAGUUUUGGUCACCUGUGCAGAUGAUAUUGAACUGUACAGUAUUGGGGACUCUGAGUCCAUUGCGUUUGACAGGCCUGGCUUUACUGCCUUAGCCCAUCCGUCUAGUCUGGCUGUUGGCACCACACAUGGAGUAUUUGUCUUGGACUCUGCCAGUUCCUCACAACAUGGUGAUCUUGAGUACAGACAAUGUCAUCGUUUCCUCCAUAAACCCAGCAUUGAAGACAUGUAUCACCUUAAUGCUGUGCAUAGACAAGGAAGCAUCGGUCAACAGGAGUUGGCUGGGGGAGACACUGCCCAUCUUCCAUUGCACUCUGAGUAUGUCUACACAGAUAGCCUAUUUUACAUGGAUCAUGAAUCAGCCAAAAAGCUACUUGAUUUUUAUGAAAGUGUAGGCCCGCUGAAGUGUGAAAUUGAUGCCUAUGGUGACUUUCUGCAGGCACUGGGACCUGGAGCAACUGCAGAGUACACCAGGAACACGGCACAUGUCACUACAGAAGAGGCCCAGUUGUUGGACAUGAGACAGCAAAUAUUCCACCUCCUCAAGGGAACACCACUGAAUGUUGUUGUUCUUAAUAACUCCAAAUUUUAUCAUAUUGGAACAACGGAAGAAUAUUUGCUUCAUUUCACUUCUGAUAGUACAUUAAGGUCAGAGCUGGGCUUGCAAUCUGUAGCUUUCAGUGUCUUUUCAAAUGUCCCUGAAUGUUCCCAUGAGACACCGUGUGUCAUUCACAGUAUACUGGACUCAGGAUGCCACGUGGCCCCUGGGUCAGUUGUAGAGUAUUCCAGGUUGGGACCUGAAGUGUCUAUUGGGGAAAACUGCAUUAUUAGCGGCUCCGUCAUAGCAAACACUGUCCUGCCGCCAUAUUCUUUCCUUUGUUCUUUAAGUGUGAAGAUGAGUGGACAUGUAGAGUAUUCAACCAUGGUAUUUGGCAUGCAAGACAACUUGAAAAAAAGUGUUAAAACCAUAUCAGAUAUAAAGACUCUUCAGUUCUUCGGAGUCUGUUUUUUGUCCUGCUUAGAUAUUUGGAACCUUGAAGCUACAGAGGAACUCUUCUCUGGAAGUCAGACACACCUGAGCCUGUGGACUGCUCGGAUCUUCCCUGUCUGCUGCUCUCUGAGUGAAUCGGUUGCCGCAUCCCUCGGGAUGUUACACGCUGUACAGAGCUGCUCGCCGUUCAACCUGAGCAACUUCAAGCUGCUGUCCAUCCAGGAAAUGCUGCUCUGCAAAGAUGUACGGGACAUGCUGGCUUACAGGGAGCAAAUCUCUCUAGAAAUUAGUGCAAAUAAAAGACAGUCUGAUUCAGGGAAAUCUUAAAUACGAUAUAUUUUUCCUGUGAACAGGAUUGCAAAUGCAGGCAUUUUCUAUAGACGUCUGACCUUUCUUCCUUCCUUCCUUCCUUCCCUCCUUCCUUCCUUCCUUUUUCCUUCCUUUCAUCCUUUCUUUUUCUUUACCUCUUUUUGACUUGUUUCAGUAAAGCAACAUAAUUAAAAUUAUAUUACUAUAGCUGCUGAAGCAUAAUAAUGACAAAGGUACAGAUAGCCACUUCUGAUGGGAAAACAUUUCAGAAUUCAGAAAAGUGAUGCUGUUUUGUAUAUUUAAAUAAAUUUUAUAUUUUACACUAUUACAGCUUUAUUUUUGAUAAAGAUCAGUUUAUGGGAUACUGUUUCACUCACAUAAUAAAGACUCCUGUUUUAGAGGAUGAUUUCCUAAACAGUUUUAGACUUUUUCUGUCUUUGGAAAUGUGGACCAAUGAAGCUCCAGGUGACAUUGAUGACUGUUAUUUGUCACAAUGAGACUGUACCUAACAAAAACACCCUGUUAAAGUUUUAAAGAGCAUCGUUCUUUUUUGUUAUUUCUCCUUUUGAGUGUUUGUUUUGUUUUUAUGUUAUGUGCACUAGUGUGUUAUGUGCACUAGUGUGUUACCUGCAUGUAUGCGUGUGCACCACAUACAGUGCCCAUAGAGACUGGAAGGGCUGUUCUCAAACUGUGGGUCAUUACUCUUUGGGGAUGGAAAAAUCUUUUCACAGGGUCACCUAACACCAUCAGAAAACACAGAUAUUUAUUUUACAUUUCAUAACACUAUCAAAAUUACAAUUACAAAGUAGCAAUGAAUGCCAGGCGGUGGUGGCACACGCCUUUAAUCCCAGCACUCGGGAGGCAGAG